GCCCCUAUUUAAAGUGUAAUAUUUUUUUAUUUUAUUUUUACCCGGUGCAUUUUCUUUAAAGAUACAAAAAUUGUUUCCCAAGUUAUCCAUGCGCCAAAAAAGAAAGUAAAACAGGGAGGCGGCAAAAGAAUGCAGACAAAUUUUGAGUAAAAAUAGCAGUAUCUAUCAUGUCCUCGGCCGCGUUCUUUCCCAGUCCACCACCGCUGCUACCACUGCAAUCAAACACCAAAACAAGCCGCUCCAUCACCAAUGUUCAACCCCCAUCAGCAGAAAAACUUGCGAUUAUAAUAGAUAAAUCCAAGUCUAUAAAUAACCUUCACCAGAUCCACGCCUUUCUAUACCGCCACAAUCUCCAUCACCACCCAAUUCUCAGUUUCAAGCUUCAACGCUCUUACUCUUCUCUGGGUCACCUAAACCACUCUCUUACUCUUUUUAACCAAACCCAAAACCCAAACGUUUUCUUUUAUACCUCAAUUAUUCAUGCUCAUACUUUCCACAAGCUCCAUUACCAAGCCCUUCUCUUUUAUGCUCAAAUGCUAACACAAAAAGUUACUCCAAAUGCGUUUACUUUCUCGUCAAUUUUAAAGUCUUGCCCGCUAGAAUUUGCACAAAUAAUACAUGCUCAAGCGAUAAAAUUUGGGCUUGAUUCGGAUUUGUAUGUGAGAACUUGUCUUGUAGACGUUUAUGCAAGAGGAGGAGAUUUUGUAUCUGCACGGAAUCUGUUUGAUGAAAUUCCUGAGAAGAGUUUAGUUUCGUCGACUGCAAUGAUUACUUGUUUCGCGAAACAUGGGAUGGUUAAAGAGGCGAGAGUCUUAUUUGAUGGAUUAGAAGAUAGGGAUUUAGUUUGUUGGAAUGUGAUGAUUGAUGGGUAUGUGCAACAUGGAUUGGCUAAUGAGGGUUUGGUGCUUUUUAGGCAAAUGUUGAAGGAUAGAGUAAGGCCUAGUGAAGUGACUGUAUUGGCUGUUCUUUCUGCUUGUGGACAAAUUGGCGCUUUAGAAUCAGGGAGGUGGGUUCAUUCUUAUAUUCAGAAUAAUGGGAUUGAGAUUAAUGCUCAUGUGGGUAGUGCUUUGAUAGAUAUGUACAGCAAAUGUGGGAAUUUGGAGGAUGCAAGGUUGGUUUUUGAGAGGAUCAAGUACAAGGAUGUUGUUGUUUGGAAUUCGAUGGUUACUGGAUAUGCCACGCAUGGAUUCAGUCAAGAUGCUUUGCAGUUAUUCAAUGAGAUGUGUGGGCUUGGGUACCAACCUACAGAUAUAACCUUCAUUGGCGUUUUGAGUGCUUGUGGUCAUGCUGGUUUGGUUAGUGAAGGAAGGGAGCUUUUCCAUUUAAUGAAAAAUGAGUACGGGAUUGAACCAAAGAUUGAGCAUUAUGGAUGUAUGGUUAAUCUUCUUGGUCGUGCUGGACAUUUGAAAGAAGCAUAUGAGCUUGUUAAGAAUAUGGAUAUUAACCCGGAUCCAAUCUUAUGGGGAACUUUGCUUGGGGCUUGUAGGCUCCACAGUAACCUAACUCUGGGAGAGGAAAUUGCAGAGUUUCUUAUUAGCCAGAAUCUUGAAAAUUCAGGGACUUAUGUUCUCCUUUCUAACAUAUAUGCCGCCACCGGUAAUUGGGAAGGUGUUGCGAGGAUGAGGACCUUGCUAAAAGAGAGUGGGAUAGAAAAGGAGCCUGGCUGUUCCUCAAUUGAAAUUGGUAACAAGGUACAUGAGUUCUUAGCUGGAGACUUGAGACAUCCAAAGACUAAAGAGAUAUAUUUGAUGUUAGAGGAGAUAGACAGUUGGCUCAGGGCACAUGGUUAUACCCCUCAGACAGAUAUUGUUCUACAUGAUCUAGGAGAUGCACAAAAGGAGCAGAACCUUAAAGUUCACAGUGAAAAACUUGCUAUUGCUUUCGGGCUUAUCAGCACUAAGCCAGGAUCCCCUAUUAAGAUAGUAAAGAAUCUUCGAGUUUGUUCAGAUUGCCAUGCAGUGACCAAGUUGAUCUCAAAGAUUACUGGUCGUAAGAUUGUAAUGAGGGACCGGAACCGUUUCCACCAUUUUGUUGAUGGUUCUUGUUCAUGCGGGGACUACUGGUGAACUGUAAAUUUGUGAAUUCUUGUAACUGUUGUACGAUAGAAUUAUUACUCAAAAAUGCGAUGGUGGUGUUGGACUUCACAUAA